CUGAGUCUGCGGGCGGAAGUCGCGGCCCGCCGGGCCGUGCGCACAGCUCUCUGUGCGAGGCAGUGAGCUCCCUGGGUCGUGCCAAGUCAUUCACGCUGCUGAUUUUCUAGCACAGCCCAGCUGAGUUCUGCAUGUCAGCUCUACUCAGAGGCUCCACAUGCUCAGCCGACUCCUGAGGCGAUCCGAGACUGAGGAGACAGCACAGAGGACAUGUCUACUGACGGGGGUUUCUGCCAGAAGCCCCAGAGACUGAAAGCAGAGGAGCAGUAUGGAUUGUGUGAGAGAUUGGUGUCCUUUGAGGAUGUGACUGUGGACUUCAGCCAGGAGGAGUGGCAGCACCUGGACUCCGCCCAGCGACGCCUGUACCAGGACGUGAUGCUGGAGAUCUACAGCCACCUCUUGGCAGUGGUUAACCAGUACAGAGUUCAUUGGAUGCCCUCUAAGACCUAUGAAGAUGCAACAAAUCCAGUAUCCUUGCAAUUCACAGGGUAUCCCAGGCCAGAGGCCAUCCUCAGGAUGAAGAACGCUGAUUUCCCACAUCAGAGGUGUCCGUGUCAAGGGGAAUCAGAGCAUGACUCGGCUCGUCAAAUUUGUGCGAAAGCUGCAUUUCCAAAUGAUUUCUCUGAAGAAGUCCCUAAACGUGGUUCAUAUUGUUCCGUUAUAGAGGAGCUCUGGCAGGAUGGGGACCCUACAAAGAUGGAUCAGCCAAACCAGAGCCCAGUCUUGAGUUCUGCUGCUUUCUUCACCCAGAAACCACUGAUGAGUGACGACACUUCCGAGUGUGAGGCGCCUGGGGGGUCCGUUCCUUUAGAUCUCCACCUCAUUUCUACACAGGAGAGAUUUCCAAAGUGUUGCUCAUUUGAAAACCCUUUGCAGCCUAACCCUAACCUUGAAGCACAUAGUGAACAUCAGUGCAGUGCCACCAGGCAGCCCGAUGGCAUUGUCAAAUCCUGUCAGUUCUUCACACGAAGCCCGUCUAAUGCUGGAUGUGCAGCUCCUGACAGAGAGGAGAAAGCAUGGAAAGGAAAGGUUCUCAGCCCUAAGCAACCACUUAGGAAGCAUGACAUUCUUUCUCAGGACGAGCCAGUUGAAUAUACCAGAUGUGGGAAGGGCUUCCCUGCCAGGCCAACUUUGUGCCCGCAGCAAGUGACUCACACUAGAGGGACACCUUUUAUUUGUCACAGAUGUGGGAAAUCCUUCCUUCCAAACUCUGAGUUGAGCUCUUGCCCAGGAACAAACCGAGGAGAGACACCUUCUGAAUGUCCUGACUGUCUGAAACCACUCACAAGGACAUCCGACCUGCAGGUGCACGAAGAAGUCCACACAAAGGAGAAGCCUUACAAAUGCCACGACUGUGGGAAAUCAUUCAGCUAUGCAUCCCACCUAAAGGUGCACCUUCGAAUACACACAGGUGAGAGACCGUAUGUAUGUUCUGACUGUGGGAAAGCCUUCAGCCAAAAGUCGGUCCUCACCACACACCAGAGAAUUCACACCGGGGAGAGGCCUUACACGUGCAGCCACUGCGGGAAAUUGUUUGUUUAUGCAUCAGAUCUGAAGAAGCACAGCCGGUUUCACACAGGGGAGAAGCCUUACGAAUGCCCCGACUGUGGGAAGCUGUUCAGUAAUAAAUCCCACCUGCCUGUGCAUCAUCGAAUUCACACCGGCGAGAAACCGUACAAAUGCUGUGACUGCGGGAAGUCCUUCAGGAGGAAAUCCCACCUUAAAGUACAUCACCGGACACACACUGGCGAGAAACCCUACGUAUGCUCCGAGUGUGGGAAAGCCUUCAGCCACAGCUCAGUUCUCAGCACACAUCAGAGAAUUCACACUGGGGAGAGGCCUUACGCGUGCAGCGACUGUGGGAAAGCCAUGUCAUCUAAAGCCCAACUGAACGAGCAUCAGAGAAUCCACACGGGUGAGAAGCCGUACGUGUGCACUGACUGUGGGAAGGCCUUCAGCGGCAGGUCUUCCCUACAGGUACAUCAGAGAGCUCACAGGAGUGAAAAACCCUUUCUCUGUCACCAGUGUGGGAAAGGCUUCCUGCGCAGGUCACAGUUGUCAUCUCACCAACAAACUCACACUGCUGAGAACCCUUAGUGCUGUGUGUGUGUGUGUGUGCACGUGUGUGUGUGUGCGUGCGCGCGCGCGUGCAGUUGUUCUGUCUCCACGCCAGCCGAAGGCCAUCACCACACGGAAAGUUCUCAACAACUGAAGGUCCGUCUGUUUCAUUCUGUGCAGAGACCUGAAAUGGGUUCCAAUGCACAAAACCCUUCAAACACAAGUCAAAUUUCAGGACCCAGGGACUCCUACCUCACACUGUUCUUACGGAUACUGUGAUCGUGUGGAAGCCUUUCCCACAAAGUCAAAUCCUUUCCCAUGGUUGGUUUUGUUUUAAUUUUUUAAAAAAACUUUUUACUUAUUCUUUGUAGACAGAUUUUUCUUUUGGGGCCACCAGCUCACAAAAAAAUAACACAGAGACUUCUUAUUAAGAAAGCUUGGCUGAUAGCUUAGAUUUGUUUCUAAUUAGCUCUUAUAAUUUAGAUUAAUCCAUUGGCAUUAGUUUACUUUCUGCCUCAUGGCUUUAUUACCUCAUCUCCAUAAUGCCCAUCUUGCCGGCUCUGUGUCUGGCUGGCGACGUCACCACCUUCCCAGCAUCCGCUGUUCCCUGAAAUCCUGUCUAGCUAUUGGCCUGCUGUGGGACAAUAGUUUGUACCCUGUCAAUUGUAUUUUAAUAAAACGCUGAUUGGCCAGUAGCCAGGCAGGAAGUAUAGAUGGGACAACCAGACAGGAAGUAGAGGUGGGCCAAUAAGAACAGGAGGAUUCUGGGAAGAAGGAAGUCCUAGUCUGCAGUCAUGACCCAGCCGAAGAGGGAGCAAGAUAUGACUGCCUUGCUGAAUAAGGUACCAAGCCAUGUGACUGCAUAUACAAGAAUAAUGGGCUAGUAUAAAUUAUAAGAGUUAAUAAGAAGUCUGAGCUACUAGGUCAAUCAGUUUAUAACUAAUGUAGACCUCUGUGUGAUUUCUUUGGGACUGAAUGACUGCAGGAUUGGGCAGGACAGAAAACCUCAGCCAACAUUGGCUAUUCAGCAUUUUAUUAAACCAGUCACAGUGUAAAGGAAUAUUCCUCAAAAGUUCUUUGUGUCUUUCGCAUCAUGCAUCUCAAUCCUGUUCUUUUCCCAUCCCUUUGUAUCUACCCUCUGCACUUGCAAACCGCCCUGAAGAGAAAAAGAAAAACCAGUCUUGUCAUGGAAGCUGUAGUGUGACUCAGUCAUGCAGUAAACCCUUUUGUCCAUAUAUCUUUACUUGCAAGGGUUCAAAGCCUUUGGUUUCUGCUAAACUAUAGAUGGCUGGCACUCCUCUUGGACAUCCUGUUGCCCUGAAGACCCUUCAGCUUUGGGUUUUAUCCAUGUUUUUAACUUAAAUAAAGAGACCUA